UGGUUACACUUUCAGCGGGGAGCGACGUUCCAUGGAUCUCCGAGGCGUAGUCUCCUUGUGGGGGGACUGAACACAACAGAAGUUUGUGGCCAUUUUCAUGCGCGUUUAUUGCUUUUAUUAAGGAAAGGGGGUUUCUACUGUGCAUCAGUGAUAAGGAGUGAUGUUGAGGGAGUGGUAACUGAAAUGAGAAUCGUGUGGUUCUUCAUGUUGUCUGGAGUUCACCGUAGUUAAGUGGAAGGAUUUUAAGUCCACAUAAGAUAAGUCUCUUAAGAAAGGCCUUGUAUCUGCUUUGGAAAAUAAAAAAAAUUCCGUCUUCAGUCUUGUUUUUAAGUGACAACGUAAACUAGACCUAAUUUUAACAAGAAAUUUUAUCUUGCGUUUACGUAGUUGAUUAUGUGGUCAGUGUGGAUUAACCUUUUAAUAUUCAAAACCGUAUAGUGUGGUGAAGUGUUGAUGGAGCAGGUGUCAUAAAGGAUUUGCGUAAUGAGGCUGGAAGUGACUGAAACGUCGGUGAGACAUUUGGAUCGCAAUUGAAUCAAGAGGACCUUGGCUAUUUAAUACCAGCUACAGGAUUUCCACGUGGAAACUGUAGGAAUGGAGACUGAUUCACAAUGCCAGCAGUAUGGAGAGGUGAACCAGCUGGGAGGAGUGUUUGUGAACGGGCGUCCUCUACCGAACGCCGUUCGCCUACGCAUCGUAGAAUUGGCUCAACUUGGGAUCAGACCUUGUGACAUAUCGAGACAACUCCGGGUUUCGCACGGAUGCGUUUCCAAAAUCCUGGCCCGAUAUCACGAGACAGGGUCAAUUUUACCCGGAGCCAUCGGAGGGAGCAAACCUCGGGUUACGACGCCGAAGGUAGUGGGAUACAUCAAGGAACUUAAGCAGAAGGACCCUGGUAUUUUCGCCUGGGAGAUCCGGGAUAGACUUUUGUCAGACGGUGUUUGUGACAAAUACAACGUUCCUUCUGUAAGCUCCAUUAGUCGAAUUCUGAGGAAUAAGAUCGGUACCCUGCUUCAUCAUCACUCUGGUGCAGUACACCAUCCUCACCUGUACAACUCAAUCUACCCGACAUACCCUUAUCCGACGGCGGCAGGAGCCGUGACCCACCAAGGGGUGGCUAACAAGCUGCCAGGGGUCUGUUCAUCCCCGUCGCCUCCAGGGUCGCACUGUAUGGCACCCCCCAGAGGACCUCCCGCCCAAUGCUGGCCGAGUUCCCAUUCCGUGUCGGACAUUCUAGCGAACGCUCAUCACCACGUUUUUUUUGCCGGGUUUCGAACCACGGUCCAGCACUCCGGAGUAAACUCAGCGUCCGAUCCAUCGGCCGCAGCUGCUGCUCAGAACUACAAUUAUUAUCACAUGUACCUGCAGGGCUGCAACGCGAAUGGAAACGUCCACAAUUCGGCGGCUCUCGCAGUUAUGAACGGCCAUCAUAGCUUGUCCAGUCAGGCCACGACUUUAUAG